AGACAAACUUGUUAAAAUUUGAACUGAUCAUAGACAUACUAUGCAGAUGACCCUAGGGGAAAUUUUCUUUCCAUAUAAUUUGCAAUUUGUAUGCUGUUUAAGUUUGGCUCAGACUCAGAACAAGACAUUGAUUGUGUUGUUCUGUACAUAAAAGAGGCACAGCUAGACUUUUUUUCUCACAACACUCAAAUAUUAGUAGGCUACAAAAGGAAAAUUCAUGAAAAAUGAAAAAGUCCAAAGAAAAUGGAGAUAUGAUGGAGACGGAGCCUUUGCUCAGAGAUAUCAAAGAAAAGCAUGUGCAAGUUGAGUCUCUUAGCAGAACACUGGUUUUGGCUGCCUGUGCUUCUUGCAUCGGAGGAACAUUUCAAUAUGGAUUUAACAUCUCUGUUGUAAAUGCACCCACUAAGUAUGUGAUGACAUUUAUCAACCAGACAUGGAUGGAGCGAUACGACACGGAGAUAUCAGAGCAGCGGCUGACACUCCUCUGGUCCGUCAUUGUAUCUAUUUUUACCAUUGGUGGACUUGUGGGCUCGUAUGUUGGUGGAGCAUUGUCGAUCAAGUAUGGAAGGAAAGGGACAUUGAUGAUGAACAACAUAUUUGCUUUGCUUGCAGCUUUUUUCAUGGGAAUAAGCCAGACUACACAUUUGUUUGAAUUGCUUAUCAUUGGACGUUUUCUAAUUGGCAUAAAUGCAGGCAUUGGUUCAUGUGUCCAGUCCCUCUACCUGGGAGAGAUUGCCCCUCGUGCACUGCGUGGAGCCAUGGCCAUGGGCACCUCUGUAUUCAUCACAGGGGGCAUUUUUGUGGGUCAGGUGGUCGGACUGCGUGAAUUAUUGGGGGGAGAGGAGUACUGGCCCCUCCUGUUGUCCACCACCUGCAUCCCAGCAGCAAUGCAGCUCCUUCUUCUGCCCUGGUUUCCAGAAAGUCCCCGUUAUCUACUGAUAGACAAAGGGGACGAGCGUGCGUGCGACGAGGCACUGAAACAGCUUCAUGGUGCAGAUCAAUACCACGGAGAGAAGGCAGACAUUGAGAGGGAGAGACUUGAUGCUCUUGGAGUCAAACCUAAGAAGCCCUGGGAACUGUUCCUGGAUCAGAGUCUCCGCUGGCAGCUCCUCACAAUCAUUAUCCUAAACAUGUUCCAACAGCUCAAUGGCAUCAAUGCGAUCUAUUUCUAUGCAGAUUAUGUGUUUUCCCAAUCAGGAAUUCCAGAAAAUAAGAUACCUUAUGUGACACUUGGCGCUGGAUUAUGCGAGCUUUUUACUGCUCUUACCUGUGGUCUGCUGAUUGAAUCUCUGGGCAGGAGAGCACUCAUCAUCGGGGGAUACUCACUGAUGGCCUUCUGGUGCUUCUGCUUCACUCUGGCUCUGACUUUCCAGGAUGUCAGCCCAUGGGUGCCGUAUCUCAGUAUGAUCUGUGUCUUCGCUUUCAUCCUCAGCUUUGGCUUGGGACCAGGUGGCGUCACCAACAUUUUAACUACAGAGCUGUUUACCCAAACCGCACGCCCUGCUGCCUAUAUGAUCGGACUGUCUGUCAACUGGCUCAGCUUCUUUAUCAUUGGAAUGGCUUUCCCAUUCAUUGUGAGUGGGCUAAAGCAGUACUGCUUCCUGGUGUUCUUGGCCGUCUGUGCUAUGGUGGCCAUCUACAUAUUCCUUGUAGUUCCAGAAACCAAGAGCAAAACUUUUCUGGAGAUUCAUGCUGCGUUCCAGUCCAAGGCACUGAAACAGCUUCAUGGUGCAGAUCAAUACCACGGAGAGAAAGCAGACAUUGAGAGGGAGAGACUUGAUGCUCUUGGAGUCAAACCUAAGAAGCCCUGGGAACUGUUCCUGGAUCAGAGCAAGAUCUCUUGCAAGUCUUCACAAUCAUUAUCCUACUGUAAACUUUUUCCAGCAGCUCAAUGGCAUUAUCUGUCCUGUUAAUAAAAUAUAUACUGAUCAUAAAAAUGGCAGUCAGAUGAAGAAUGAGUGUGUGGAUGCAGCUUGUAGGACCAUACUUUAUAUCUCUGCUCCUAAUGUCAUCCUUUUUAUUGUGCUUUUAUUUCCCCAGAUACAUUUUUAUGCAGAUUACGUGUUCUCUGUGGCAGAAAUUCCAGAAAAUAAGAUACCAUAUGUGACACUUGGCAGUGGAUUAUGUGAACUCUUCACUGCUUCCAUCUGUCUAGGUCCACUUGAUUAUAUUUGAUCAGGCUUAUGUUUGUCCAGUGGAGGGUCAUUUAUACCCAUGACCACGUAUUAACUGUAGUGUUCAAUAGGCAAAGAUCAUGCUUUAAUCUUAAAGAAGAAUGAAGAAGAAUUCCCAUGUAUAGCCCGCCCCCAUGUAUUAACUCAGGGGUCCUGAUGGCCAUAGAAAGGACAGUGCACAAGCAGGAGGAAAUGUCUGCUCAGUUUGUCAGCAGGAAUGUCAAGUAUAUGGUUGUGUCUUCCAGGGUCUGCUGAUUGAAUCUCUGGGCAGGAGAACACUCAUCAUCGGGGGAUACUCACUGAUGGCCCUCUGGUGCUUCUGCUUGACGCUGUGACUGUCUCACAUACUUCAUGUGAAUAGCUUUACAACUCUCUGGUGAAAGGAGGACCAGCUCCUUGACCUUGAGUAUAAUUAAUAACCCCACUUGUGUUUUGUUGUUUUUUCUUUUGCGAGAACUAUAUAUAAUUUGUCAGGAUCACUAGUGAUAAAUACCUUACUGUGUUUUCACAGUGUAGUGCAGCAGUUCAGAGGUGUAUAUCUCAAACCAUCAAUAAUCUUGCAGACUUACUGUGUGUGUGUGUG